AUAUUUUGCCCCAAUUGCCUUUAAAACAGCUUUGGGCCUCUGCUCAUUACGCCCUUUCGAAAGACACACAACACACACAUUGACAUUUUUCUCCAUCUCUCUAUAGAAACUUUAACUUGAUUCAUUGAUCAAAGAAACUUAACAUUUUUUUUUUGUUCUUUUUCUUUGUAUAGAUUAUGUGAUGAAUUUAAAUUUAAAUUCGACGCCUUUGCCUUUCCCGAUGACGCAACACCAAAUAAUUACUCGCGAUGAUAAUAUUGUUCCGACUUUCGGCCCAAAUGAUCCUUCUUCGUCUUCCGUCUCAUGUCGUAUUUUCUUGAAUUCGACUCAGGAUCACCGUACGGGAUAUUAUCACGAUGAUCACACGGAAUUAUACCGACCUCAACAAAUUUCGGAUGGAAACCAUGGUGGAUCAAUAUAUGAGAACAAGAACAAUAGAGUUUAUCAAAGUGGGCUCAAAUUAACCCUAUGGAAGAGAGAAGAUCACGAAGAACACGUUGACAAUCGUCCCGUGAAGUGGAAGUCGCCGAAAACGAGAGCGAUGCACAAGAUCAAGAACAACGCGGGUCGACUAACUCUAAAGAUAACCAAAAACAAGCUCGAGAAUCAAAUAACCUCCUCUUUUGAGAGUGAUAACUCGAGCUCCACCGGCUCCUACAUGACCGAGAGAAGCCCGAUUAAGGUUUGUUCCGAUUGCAACACCACCAAGACCCCCCUUUGGAGAAGUGGUCCCAAAGGACCUAAGAAAUCGAACGAGAUCUUCUAUUUCUCAUACAACGUUGUUUUUGGGCAGUCCCUUUGUAAUGCGUGUGGAAUUAGGCAAAGGAAGGCAAGGCGGUCCAUGGUGGCGGCAGCAGCAGCUGCCGCCGCUAAUGGGACCACCGUUGCCGCCAGUGAUCAUGAGAAUCCGGCGAAAAUGAAGAUCAAAGUGAAGUACAAAGGGAAAAACGCGCACUUCAAGAAACGGUGCAAGAUAGCGACUAGUGAAGUAGGGUCGCAAUCCAACGGCCAGAAAAAGAUCGAGUUCGAGGAUUUCUUGAUUAAUCUAAGCAAGAACCUUUCUUAUCAUCGAGUUUUUCCUGAGGACGAGAAGGAUGCUGCUAUCUUGCUCAUGGCUCUGUCGUCCGGACUUGUUCACGGUUGA